CGAGUAAACAUACAGCUAUAAACCAUUCCUUCACAUAAUUCCCAUAAAAAAAAAAUCCCCUCUUCCUCUCCUAAAUCAUCUCUCUAAUUAAACUCUUCCUUUCAUUUUUCUUGAAUUAUUCACAAUUAUAUAGUCGACUCCAACUUGUUUGAGAUUAAAACGCAGUUUACAAAAAAGUCAACACAAAUUAUGAGUUCUAACGAUCCAUCGUCUAGCACUGGAGUUUUUGGAUCGGAUGAAAAUACAACAAUUAGAAGAAAUUCAAAGAGACCAAAGUAUUCAAAAUUCUCACAACAAGAACUUCCAGCAUGUAAACCAAUCCUAACACCAAAAUGGGUGAUUUCUAUUCUUUUACUUAUUGGUGUUGUUUUUAUUCCAAUUGGUCUUGUUUCCCUUUUAGCUUCUCGAGAUGUUGUUGAAAUUAUUGAUAGGUAUGAUGUUGAAUGUGUACCAAAUAAUUCAACAAAUGACAAAAUUGGCUAUAUAACAAAUAAAAAUCAAGAUAAAACUUGUGUUAGAACUCUAAGAGUGCCCAAAAAAAUGGAACAGCCAAUUUAUGUGUAUUAUCAGCUUGAGAAUUUUUAUCAGAAUCAUCGUAGGUAUGUGAAAAGUCGAAGCGAUCAACAAUUGAAAAGUGCUAGUAAUGUAGCUGAUACAGGUUCUUGUGAGCCUGAAGAUUUUGCUAAUGGUAAACCAAUUGUGCCUUGUGGAUUAAUCGCUUGGAGUUUAUUUAACGAUACUUAUACAUUUGCUAGUAACAAUCAAGAAUUGAUUGUGAACAAAAAGGGUAUAUCUUGGAAAAGUGAUAGGGAUCAUAAGUUUGGGAAAGAUGUUUUCCCUUCGAAUUUUCAGAGUGGGACUUUAGUCGGAGGUGGGAAUUUAACGAAUGUAUCAUUGAGUGAACAAGAAGAUUUAAUUGUUUGGAUGAGAACUGCUGCACUUCCAACAUUUAGGAAGUUAUAUGGGAAAAUUGAGAGGGAUCUUAUGGAAGGUGAAAUCAUAAAUGUGACGUUGCAGAACAAUUACAACACGUAUAGUUUUGAUGGGAAGAAGAAGCUUGUGCUAUCGACAACAAGUUGGAUUGGUGGAAAGAAUGAUUUUCUUGGCAUUGCUUAUCUUACAGUUGGUGGAUUGUGUUUCUUUUUGGCUUUGACUUUUAUGAUUGUGUAUCUAGUUAAGCCAAGGCAACUUGGAGAUCCGACUUAUUUGUCGUGGAAUCGGAAUCCAGGAGGUAACUAGCAUUGCAGAUGAGGCUGGUGGCUUGUCUUCUGGUAACUGUUUGUGUAAAAGUUGUUUUUUGAUGUGUUCUUGAUAUAGUUUUUAGACUCUUUUGCUAGGAAACAAUGAUAUGUAAUGAAGUAUAUUUCCUUUGAUAAGUGUUUAUUCAAAUUUACAUAUGUAUAAUGGAAGUUUUUGCUUAAAGGAGCUUGUUCA